AUGAAUUACCUCGUAUUUAUGCUAGUUAUUGCUAUGUGUUUUGGUUUGAAUGAAGGUUGUAAUGUGAACACUUUAGAACUUCUAAAUCAACUCAGUCCUGGUAGUAUUCUAAAAGUUAAUUGCUCAUCUAAUAGAAACCAUGUUGAGCCUCUCCAAGAGGUAAAAUUCAAUGGAAAAUAUCGAGUGUCAGUUUUUGAGAAAGGCUUAGGAGAGAGAAUUGUAUGGCGUUGCCUCUUGCGACAUGGAAAUAAAGUGGAAAAUUCACAAACUAUAUGGCGUGCAUACAGAGGAGCCAGAGAACCUCGAUGUGGUGAAAUACGUUCAUGGAUUGCUAAAGUUGAUGGAAUUUACAUGGAGAAAAAUUUAAAAUCAGAAGGGCUCAGAUAUCAUUGGAUUGUUACUAAAAAAUGA